GUGUUUGGCUUAUUGAGCAUUUCUUGGCUCCUGCGAUUCCAAUUCCAAACUUGUGGCGUAUGCCAAUGAAUCUUCAAAGCGUCGUCACCGGAACUUGUUGAUUUUCAACCAAUUCUUGAAUUCAAUCAACAUGGAUUGUCUUCUUCUUCUUCGAAUUUUUCACCGGCGGUCGUAAGAAUCGAGUAUUCAGCCGGAGAUUUGUAGAUAAGAGAAGAUGUCGUUAAGGAUAAAGACGGUGGUGGAUAAGUUUGUAGAGGAAUUGAAGGAAGCCUUAGAUGCGGACAUACAAGACAGAAUCAUGAAGGAAAGAGAGAUGCAGAGUUACAUUGAAGAGCGUGAACGGGAAGUCGCCGAACGCGAAGCAGCUUGGAAAGCCGAACUCUCUCGUCGCGAGGCAGAAAUUGCUAGACAAGAAGCAAGAUUGAAGAUGGAAAGAGAGAACCUUGAGAAAGAGAAGAGUGUGUUGAUGGGUACAGCAUCAAAUCAAGAUAAUCAAGAUGGUGCUCUUGAAAUUACAGUAAGUGGUGAGAAGUAUCGAUGCCUCCGGUUCUCCAAGGCCAAAAAAUGAACAUCAAAUCUAAUCUUGUGCUAAUUGGAUCCUAAUACUUGCAUUGGAAUGGAGGUCAUUUUAUUUCAUUCUUAAUUUCUUCAUUGUAAAAACAGUCAUCUUUCAGUGUAGUUAUCAUUUAUCUUUAAUUUCAUCAAACAUUUGGUUUACCAAAAUCCUACUGUUUCUGUUGAACUUUGUUUCGAAUUCCAUUAUCUAAUUUAUUGAUUACAAAAUGA